UUCGGGUGCAGCGAUGGUGCUGGGCAGGGCGCUGCAUUUUGUCUUUAAAGUCGGGGAUCGCAGCCGCAGCAUUAAAUUUUACAGAGAUGUCUUGGGCAUGCAGCCACGUGCUCAUCCAAACAUCGCUUGCUGCUGUUAAAGCCGACACAGAGUUGUGUGUAUGGCCCAUUCCAUCGCAGGAGAAGUCCUCCCCGCUGUUCAGCGUAUCUACAAGGAGCACAGCCGCAAGAAAGCAGCAUCAAGUUCCUCUGCCAACCAGGCCGUCCCGCUUCUCACUGUCAUCGGGGAGGAGUUAUAGGAGCCUUGGGCCCCACUGCACCAGGUUCAACCAUUAACCUUCUGAACCAGCGUGGAUAACUUUACUCACCUGUGGACUCACUUUCAAAGUGCUCAUGUAAUCAGUGUUACUUAUUUACUUACUUAAUGCACUCAGACCCCACAUGGCACCGAUACGUUACAACCUGGUUAUUCAAUUCUCUAUUGAAAUUUUUAAAAAUGACAAAACUUCAUUCUGAACAACACUUAUCAAGAGCUGCCGCUAUUACAGUGAACAUCCAAUCAGCCAAUGAGAGCGCUUUACUUGCGCUCUGAGCCAGUCGCGUAUGACUUCACUCUCUGCCUCUCCUGCAUGUGUAAGCAUUCUUACACUCUUGCCAAUUUCUUCCAGUUUUUCACCCGUAAUGCUUGGAAAGCAUUCCGCAACUUCCAGCGAGAGUAGGAUGUCUGGGAAAAAUACCAGCGCGGUUGUGGAACUGCAAGUGAUGCGGCAUUUGAAAGCUGGUGAGCGUCAGGUCGAUGCUGGUGCCUCUUGAAAUUGGCUACAUUGACGAUUUUUAAAAAAAAAUGCAGACAAGAUAAAAAUGGACCAGUUCGCCAGUGGUGACCCUGACUGGGAGCAAAGCAAUAAAGCAAAGAGAGAUCUUCUCGAUGUGACCUUGUGCUGCCGAGAACGGCUUCGUGAGAGGAAACUUAAGAAAAGGCAGGCAAACGAGACCGCCUGCUUGAAGAAGGGGUGGAUGUUUGAGGAGGACCCAGAGCCUGGUCCCUCUGAGACGUAACCAGCUUGCCUCCGCUGCUGUUGUGACGCGUUGCUGCUCCGCUGAUAUACAGGUCCUGCGGCAUGAGGAGUUUGAAGAAGGCUGUAAGGCAAGCUGCAAUGGACCCUAUGAUGGCAAAUGGAGCAAGACCAUGAUUGGCUACGGCCCUGAGGAUACUCAUUUCGUGUCUGAGUUAACGUAUAAUUACGGAGUGGAUGAAUAUCACCUGGGGAAUGACUUCCUGGGAAUGACGCUUCAGUCGAGUCAGGCAGUGAGCAAUGCCAAGAAGGAAGGAUGGCCGUUGACCGAAAUUCGGAAUGGAGUGUUUGUAACGGAGGCCCCAGGGGGAUACAAGUUCUAUUUGGUGGAUAAGGACCAGCCUGAGUCAGACCCAGUGCAGAAGGUAACCCUGGCUGUGUCAGACCUGCAGCGCGCGGUCAAGUACUGGUGCGAUUUACUCGGGAUGAAGCUCUACGAAAGGGACGACGCCAAGAAGCAGGUCUUGCUGGGUUACGCCGAUGAUCAGUGCAAGUUGGAACUCCAGGACAUCGGGAGCCCUGUGGACCACGCCACUGCCUACGGAAGGAUUGCAUUCUCUUGUCCGAGAGAGCAGUUACCAGGUGUGGAGACUCAGGUGAGGGAGGAGAAGCAGAAGAUCCUGACAGCGUUGGUGAGCCUGGAGACACCGGGAAAGCCGACUGUGGAUGUGGUGAUCCUGGCAGAUCCAGACGGCCAUGAGAUCUGCUUUGUGGGCGAUGCAGCUUUUCGUGACCUCUCCAAGGUGGACCCCAAUGCAGCCAAGCUACUGGAUGACGCCAUCGCAGCAGACAAGAGCAAAGAGUGGUUUGCCGAGCAUCGUAAGCAAAAGUCCUCUGCGUGAAGGGGGUUGGAGAUGCUCGUGCACGGAUCCUGCUGACUGUGUUUCCGAGGGGGGUGUGUUUGAGGAAUGAUUUCAUUUCUCUGUGUUUCCCCUCACAUGGAAAAUUGUCACCAGAGACUUCCACCAUGUCCUUUGACACAAGAAAACCUGUUACUAAUUCCUACUGAAAUCGUUCAUCUUUUCACAAUAAAGUUUGGUCAUAGAUACAGCG